ACAAUUUUUCAGAGUAAAGAAAUUCAUCUGUGAUUAAUUGAUCUUUAAUGUUUUUUGAUGCUUCAUUUAAGUGUUGAGUUAUUUAUUGGUGUGCAAAAAUGGAUUUAAUUUCAUAUCUUGAAUCAUUAGAUUCACCAACACUGAAUACAGAUUAUGCUUUACAAAGUGACACUUCAGCUGUUCCACCAUUACCUCAGCCUUCAUAUCCGAACGAAACUCUUGCCCUUUUAGACACUUUUUGUUCCGAUGCAGAUACUGUUCAAAGUAACUUACUUGAUAUUGGUGAAUCCAAUAAUCAAAGCAAUGAAGGGCAACAGUUUUUUGAUUCAUCAAUAGAGAAUUGGUUCAGCUCUAAUGAUUGCAACAACCCAUCAGAUAGCUUGUACACUAUUGAAAGCAUAAAUGCGUCAACAUUGGAUACAGAUCAUUCUUCACAAUGUGAUACUUUAGCUGUUCAACCAUUACCUAAGCCUUCAUAUCCAAAACGAAGUCUAGCUCUUUUGAAAGCCUUUUGUUCCGAUGAAAAUACUGUUAAAAUUUAUCUACAAAAUGAUGAUUUGAAUAACUACAACAAUGAAGGACAACAAUUUUUUGCUUCACUAAUAGGAAAUCUUAAUUCUUGCGUUCAAAAUUGGUCAAACUUUACUGACCCAAACAAACCCUCCGAUCGCAUGAGUAUUUUUGAAAACCUAUCUCCAGUUCCAGCUCCUAUCUCAUCUUACUUAUCUACUGAUCCACUGGCCGUCGAGUCUCUUCACCAGCACCACAAUUACAAUGAUAUAAAAUUGAAUUUUAUAUUUCUCAUUAAACGUGGAUACAAAUUGAGCUUGUCAUUAAACACGGAUAAUAGUGAAAUUGAUGAGCCAUGGAAUCCUGAUGUUGGUCAAAAAAUACUGUCUGCUUAUUUUUCUUCAUUGAGUUUGAGGAAUGAAUACUUGUCCAAUGAUGCGAAACUAGAUGGAUUUCAAUCAAUUUUGAUGAAUGAAGCGUGUUCCGCAUUUAAGGGUAGGAAAUGCUUGAACUUAUUUGCAAAUUUGUAUGACAGGACGCGAUCAAAAGCCAGUCCAGAUAAACUUAUUUCAAUAUGUAAUGGAAUUAAAGGAUUCAGAAAAAUUGAAACCAUCGAUAAAAUGAUUCUGUUAUCCAACAUAUAUUAUCAUCUUCACAUUAUGGACGCUGUUAUUAACUACGAUCCGACAAUUGACGGCUGGGAUUAUCCAACAUCUGAUUACAGAUAUGAUCGACGAGACACGUUUCUCUUCAGUCAAUCUUUUCAUGAUGGACUUAAUUACGUAAUCGAAACCUUUCCAGAUCGAUUCAGAAACGAUAUAAAUGCCAAUCUUCUCAUGUAUCUAAUCGUUAUUUUCAAUGCUGACAUAACCGGAUUGAAACAUCCCGAAAUGAUCAGAUAUCAACAAUUCUCAUAUAUUAAUUUACUACGAUGUUACCUGCGAACCGUUUGUGAAUCUGAUUGUGAAGCUUCAGACAAUCAUUACAGGCUGAUGGCUAAAAUUGAACAGUUGAGACUUAUAGCUGCAAAAUCUGAGAAGAAAUUUUUUCUUCUAAUAAAUGAGCCUUUGGUGGAAUCAAUAACAAAAGCUAUUACACUGGAGUACUUAAAAUCCUCCCGCAAAUAUUUCAGCUGAAAUAUAUUGUAAAAAUUGUACAUUAACUCUACCUUUAAGUUUAUUCUGCUUGAUUAAAUCAAGAGAACUAUGAGGAUUAAAAAAAUGGUCUAUUCUCAUUUUUAAACAGAUUCUAAUGCAGUGCUGUAUGCUAAUUUCAUAAAUUAAUUUAUCUUUAAAGUGUGUAGUUUCCAAAAUUAGGAGGAAAAAUUCAGCUUGUACAGUAGCCAAACGAUUUUUGCAUAGAGACUUUAAUCAGUAUUUGGUUAAGAUUAUCAAUUUUUUUCUCAUAUUUCUUGUGAAAUGGACCUUCUAGUAGAGUUUUUUAGUGUUUUGAGUUUGUUUUUUCCCUAGUAUUUUUCUUGUUUUGCGUUCUUCAUGAGACACAAUUGUAAUAGAAGCAAUCAGAAUGAAAUUUCUAUCUGAAAAGUUAGGUCUGAUGGGACCUGUAUUGGGUUCCAUAGGAUUUGUGAAUAACUCUCUAGGUAAUGCGAAUUUUUACCUGAUUUUUACUCUACUUAUCAUAAGCUUUCGAUUGAUAUAUAUAUGUUUAAAACCAUUCUGAAUCAUGGGAUUGGCUAUUGUGCUUUAAAUUUUUACUUAAAAAGAGUUUUAACCUUAACUCAACACAACAGUUGUGAUGUAAGAGUUAUCGAUUUGUAACCUUUUCUUUGCAUUAAAUAAAAACGUUCGCCUCGAACCAACACUUUCAAUAAAUGAAUUUCAGAUAGACACCAGGGCAUCAGCUAAAAAUUAUUCUACGACAGGUAUGCAAACAGUUUCUUGCAAUAUUAUUUGGCAAAAAUAGAGCAGAUUUUAACCUAAUCUACCAUUUUAUCAUUAAGAGAUAAU